AUGUUUCUCUUCAUUUUUCUUGCAUCUACUGUUCAAGGCAUUCCCUUUGAACUAAGCAAACGGAAUUUUGAGAAUUACAUUCAAUCGAAAGAAACAUGUUUAGUGAUGUUUUCUGUCAAGACGAAUUGUCCGUAUUGCAAAGAUCAUGAGCGUGAAUUUACACAGCUUUCAUCAUUUGUUGACACUCCUUUUGCGAUCAUCUUUUGUGAAGAGGACAACGUCGAGACUUGUGAGAAACAACACAUCCAAGUCAUGCCUACAACUAUCUUAUUUAAGAAAGGGGAACAAUAUCGCGUUUUAUUUGGGAUGCACGACUAUGGUGAUAUCAAGAAUUGGUUGAACGACAUGUACCUUCCCACUUAUGUUGAGAUCAAAACACAAAAAGACUUAGAAACGUAUGAGACAUUAAAUUAUGGUACUGUUCUCGCCACUUUCCCCAGUCGAGAAGUUGCUUUAUCUCAUGAUGAUAUCAUGAAUUUCAUCGCUGAAGAUAUUAAACGGUUUAAACAACAAUUUCUUUGGAUCGUCAAUGCUACAAUUCAAACUCCAACGUUAACAGUUCGUACUUUAGACAAUGAAAAGGAAGUCCAUACAGUCACUUUCCCUUUAAUUUAUAACAAAGAGAAGAAACAAGACUUACUCAACUUAGUCUUAAUGGCUUUCAUUCCUGUUAUGGUCAACAAGAAUAUAGCAGAGCCUAUAUUGGAACAAUUAGAUACUCCGGUUUUAAUGUAUUAUUAUACUACUAGAAUGACUAAGGCUACGAUUUUAAAGAAAGUUGCUCAGAAGUAUCGACUCAAAUUGCCAUUCUUGACUAGUCAAGCCCAAAAGGAUUCUUCCCUCCCGGGUCAUGGUGACGGGAAAUACCCACUAAUUUCUAUUACUUAUAAAAGAGACAUAUUUCCAUUCGAUGAAACAAUGCCAAUCACUGAGGAGAACAUCAUCGAGUUCGUUGAAUCAUUUUUGGCUGACGAGUUGACUCCAGUCAAGUUAGCUAGAAAAUCACAGGAUUGGUAUCUCGAGAAGAAUCCCCCCAUCAUCACCGCCGACAUCUUCGAAAGUUACAAGAAAGGGGUGGACUCUGCUUUUCUCUUUUGUGGGUCGUCGACCCCGAGUUGUGUUGAGUAUAUCGAAACAACCUUUGCGCCCAUCGUUGAACUCAAAACACUUCCGGAGGGAUUGAAAUUUGGGUUUGUUGAUAUCGAUCAAGACGAUGUGAUAGAUAUCGAUAAGAAGUGGCAGUACCCUCUUAUAGUCUUUUUUAAAUCAGACUCUAAAAAGCCACACUUUUUAUCUAUUGAAACUACAGGACCAGUCGAAGUCAUUAACUUUAUUAAUAAACACUCAACCACAAAAAUUUUGUUGAGUACAGAAGAGGUGGAGAGUUUAGUUAAGGACUGCAAAACUAAACUCGAGGCUUACAGAAUCAACCAACACAACAAAGAUGAAUUGUAA